AUGGCGCGGGCUGUGCAGGCUGGUCUACUGAAAGGGCUUCAUUUCGAGGAGACAUCACAUGAUCAUGAGGACCUCCUGGAGCUCUGGCCAAACGACGAUAUCAGCAUCGAAGAUCAGGAAAGCAGACGUCAAAGAAUAGAGGAUAUUGCUGUUGACUAUUUGAUUCGAGGAAAACGACCACUUAUCCGGUCGGCACAACUCAGGGGACCUUUCGAUGGGGACAGCUGGAAAAACCCAUGGAGCAGGAAAAGGCAUUUCCUGCGAGAGAGCCAUCCGCAGAAAUCGAAUCGUACAUACGCCAAAGGGCAAUUCAGCGAGGAAACAAAGACCCACAACAAGAAGCAACCCAAUGAAAUGGGACCUCCCUCCUCCCGCUUCCAAGCACAAUCAGACUCUAUGCGGGACUCGAAGUCGCAAGACCCGGAAAGCCUCAUCACUAGAAACUCACACCGGCCAUUAGCGACAUCUCCUCCUCAACAAAUAGGAUACAUGGAUGAAGACCUUAAUGUCAACCAGUCUCGUAAGAGAUCUCUAUCGACACAAACCUCGCCAUGGCUGAAGCGUCGGAAGUCUGGGCUCAAAGCAAAUUGGGGACACAGGUCUUCUCCAAGUCCUUCACGGCCAGGGAAAGAGGCAAUAGCGUUGACGAAAACAAGUAGGUUGUCCGGUCGACAACAGUUUCACCAGGACAAACACGAUAUCUCAACAAGUAGCCAUACGCCAAACCCCGUAGCUGCGUCAGCAGUACUAGUUAGCAGGACACUGUCUGUGCAACAUUCUAGUGCAAAAGAUAGCCUUGUGGAACAACAACCGGAAGAAUACGAAGAACACCAAAUGCCUCUGGGUGAUACUGCAGAGGAUAGUGUUGACCCUCCCUCACCCAAGGAUCCCGCGAGCAUUCAUCCCGAAGAGCAGACACGUAAUACGAACCCAGAAGACGAAUUCAUAUCAGCCGAGAGAGCUCAACCUUCGGAGGAAAUCUUUUCACAAUUAGUGGCUGCUGCUAAUUCGCAGCCCGCACGUCGAACGUCACCCUCAAAAGAAGAAAUACAAGGUUCUGCGGAACGCUGUGUAAUGAGACCAAGCAGCGCGAAGUCAACAUCAAGACGAGCCAAGAAGGAUAAUGUUGUCAAUAACGGAGCUAGCCACAGCAUGAGCAAACAUACAGACGCCGAUCCGCAACCUAAGAGGAAGUCAAGCAAGGGAGCGAAACCUAAACCUCGACCAGUCACAUUCGAUUCCUCGCCCAUCGUCAGUAAACGCACCAAGAAAGCGGCAGAAAAGGGAAGGAAAAUAACACAGGAGGAAAAAUCGAAGGCCAAUGGCGUGGAUCUUGAGAGAACAGAGCAUCAUCGCCGUGAUAUAUACGACGUCCCAGAUGAGGAUGAUAUGACACCUCUACGACACGAUCCAAAGCCCAGUCGCCUAUCUAAUAAUUAUUCCACACAAGCUGCCAUGAUGAUGGCCCAGCAAGAGUUCCAGGAUCAAUCAAUGCUCUCUCCACCGAACGUGACACCAGGAUUUGGGACAGACGGCCAAGAGGACGAGCGACGGCAACAUUCGGAAGACCGAAGGAGCCCUUCCGUCACGCCGUUCCACGUUUUCCACGCCAGGUUAGACAGACACGAUGCAGUAGACGAGAUGCACGACGUGCCGAUGAGCACGCAAGAAAUGUUCGAAGCAGCCUCGCCAUUCACAUUCAGCACAAUAAAGAAGAAAAGCGUAAUGUCACGACACAGCAACCUACGAUUCACCGUCCACCCCGCGGAUGGAAGGGACGCACCGCAGACAUCACACAGCCAGCAGAGAAUUACAAGUAGCACAACACCGCCGAUACCAUCCGCGGAGCGCAUACCGCUAAAGGAGCGCAACUCACGCCUCUCGUUCCAAAGCAUCAUAAAUCUGUCAGACAAAGGGUCGCAAGAGUCUGUGAGCAGACUCUCGCCAUUCACAAUGAUGCUGCCUCUGACAGAUGGCAGCGGAGGUGACAGCCGACCAAUUGAACUCCCCCAACUGAAUUUCCACGACUCGAUGGAGGGAGAAGGGUUGGACUUCACAAACGGCCUUUUGCAGAAUCUCGAGGCGAUGAUACGAUAUGAGAAUCGGCGAUACUGA